AUGAUCUUUGCUGUUACAAUUUUGAGGAGAAUUGUCGAAGACAAUCGUGAGAUUUCUCUCACGCCGCAGCAAAAAUUGGUUGUUGUUGUUGUUGAUCGCGAUGAUGUUCCACAGUUACAUCAUAAAAUCAACUCGCGAAUAAAAUCUCAUUACGUUUAUGGAGUUGAUCAUGAUUUGCAAGCAAGAGCACGCGCAGGAAUCGAGGCAGAAAGAUUCACUUACCAAACGAAUUCUAGGUACCAAAAUAGGCCAGAAUCGAACGAUGCUCCCUGCAGAAUCAUACCGGAUAGACCUUGUCCGCCAAGCAAGUAUAGGACACCUUCUGGUGCCUGUAAUAAUAUACGACAUCCUGUUUGGGGUGCUCGUGGUGCACCCUUCUUGAAAUUACUGCCACCAGUAUAUGCCGAUGGUAUCGCUAGUCCGCGGCAGUCAGUCGGAAACCACGUGUUCCCAAAUCCUACUACAGCAGUAUCAAUGCUGAUUAGCCAUCUGCGCCUCACCUCAGAAGCUCACGAGGGUUUAACGAGUUUGUCUGGUGUAUGGUCAGAACUAAUACUCCAAGACAUCGCAUCUACAGUACACCCAUCGAACAAGCAAAAUAUUUGUUGCUCUGGGACGGCAAGACACCCGGAAUGUUACGAAAUCCGCGACGAACAAGGCAAAUGCAUAGAAUAUUGGCGCUCUGUACCAAGUCUGACCGUGCACAAAUGUAACUUCGAUACCAGAGAACAGAUGAAUGGAGCAUCGGCGUACUUAGAUGGCUCCCACAUUUAUGGACCAACAGACGAACAAUUACAUCGGCUGAGAACGUACAGUGAAGGGAAAGUGGACGUUUCUAACUGCGAAAUGUGUAAUAAUACAGAAGAUAAGGCUUUAGGAAUGAUAUACGCUGCUCUUUUGAACGAACAUAAUCGAAUAUCAAAUGAAUUGGCCAGGGCCAAUGAGCAUUGGGACGACACGAAAUUAUUCCUGGAAGCUCGUCGAGUGGUCGUCGCACAGAUUCAACAUGUUACUUUGAACGAAUACAUGCCGAGCAUUCUCGGAGAAGGCGCUCGAACGGAUCCAGAAUUGAUGCCUGUUACGAGCGGAUUCUACAAUGGUUACUCGUCUUCGAACGUGGGAGGCACAUAUGAUGCGGUCGCGUUGGCGGCUCUCCGUGCUCUGACAUCGCUACGUAAACCCGCUAUGGACGAUUCCACGUGCUUGGAAGACCACGUGAUCACGUCAGCCAAUCGCGUGAGUCUGGAUUUGAGUCAGUCCGCUUUCGAAUCACGCGUUGAUGUAAACGCACGCUUCGUACACGUGGGUCGCGAUCAUGGCAUUCCUGGAUAUGUCAAGUUUGUGGAGGAUUGUUCUGGACACAAUGCCACGCUCCAAAAUUUCAUGGAUUUGGAACAUUUUAUGCACCCCACGCACGUGAGGCUAUUGGAAUCCAUGUAUUCACAGGUAGAAGACAUCGACCUUCUUCUUGGUGGAAUUUUAGAAAUUCCCAGAAGGGGUGCAACAGUCGGCCCAACGUUCGAAUGCCUUUUAAAGAGACAAUUCAUCAAAACUAGGAACUCUGAUCGAUUCUGGUAUGAGAACGACAUCCCGCCUUCCGGAUUGACUGCAGCCCAAUUGGCCGAAAUUAGAAAAGUUUCUUUAGCAGGUAUUCUCUGCGGCAACACGAAAAUCGAGAGAAUCCAGCCAAAAGCAUUUAUUCAGCAAGAUCCAUAUUUAAAUGCUAGAAUUAAUUGCGAUCAACACAGUGUACUUGAUAUAGCUCCAUGGAGAGAAGAACCUCUUCCAGAGCCUACCAAAGAAGUGGUAACUGGCAGCAGAUCUGUGAUUCCAGAAUUUAUUCCAGAACUCAGUCCUAGUUUGAUAGCUGCAGCUGUGAAGAAAGCUGAGGCUGAUCUGAUCCGAAGGAAACAACUGGAAUACAAUUCCUGGUUACAACAGAGAAUAGCAGAUCCUAAAUCUCCAGCUGGGACGGCUGCCAGUUUCUCGAAAGCCAACAGAGAUGCUCUUUUAUUAGCCAACUCUUCGAUUAUGUACGAGUUAGCUACUAAUGAAAUUCUGAAUAGUAUUCAUAGCUUGAGACGUAGGAAACGACAGAUCUUCGAUACCACAGACAACAUCCUUGGUUUCCCUACUAAUGACUUCUCUGAUUUACUACAGAAUGUUGAUAUCUCUGGAUUCUUAUCUCAAAAAAAGCCUACUAAUCACGACGAGAUCGAAUGUCCCGUAGAUGACAGUCCUUGCGAUCCAACUAGUCCAUAUAGAACAUUAUCAGGUCACUGCAAUAAUUUACGUAAUCCUAAUCUUGGAAAAUCGUUGACAACAUUCGCAAGAUUACUUCCUCCGGUCUACGAAGAUGGAGUGUCAAAGCCGAGAAGCACAUCUGUUACUGGAGUACCUUUACCAAACCCCAGAGUUAUCUCUACGGUGAUCCACCCUGAUAUAUCCAAUCUUCAUAAUCGAUAUACAUUAAUGGUCAUGCAGUAUGCCCAAUUUUUGGACCAUGAUCUCACAAUGACGCCGAUUCACAAGGGUUUCGCUGAGUCUAUACCAAGCUGUCGUUCGUGUGAUUCUCCUCGUACGGUUCAUCCUGAAUGCAAUCCCUUCCCAGUGCCUCCUGGUGAUCAUUAUUAUCCCACCGUGAACGUAACUUCCGGUGCGCGAAUGUGUUUCCCGUUUAUGAGGUCUCUACCUGGUCAACAGCACCUGGGACCUCGAGAACAGAUCAAUCAGAACACCGGUUUCUUAGAUGCAUCCGUGAUCUACGGUGAAAAUACUUGCAUUUGUAAUGUUCUGAGAGGUUUUAACGGCCGCAUGAACAUCACUCAGAGCCCACAUAGAGGAAAUAAGGACCUUUUGCCACAAUCUCCCACGCACCCAGAAUGCAAAGCUAAAUCGGGCUACUGUUUCAUUGGUGGUGAUGGUAGGGCAUCUGAACAACCUGGAUUGACUGUUAUGCAUACGAUGUGGAUACGAGAGCAUAACAGAAUCGUGGAAGGACUAAGACAGGUGAAUCCUCAUUGGGAUGGUGAAAAACUCUUCCAGCAUUCUCGUCGUAUAAUCAGCGCCAUGUUGCAACAUAUUACGUAUAACGAGUUUCUUCCGCGAAUUCUCGGUUGGAAUGCAGUCACUCUAUAUGGAUUAAAGCUUCUACCUCAAGGCUAUUACAAAGAAUAUUCACCUACAUGCAAUCCUAGCGUGCUUAAUGAAUUCGCCUCUGCUGCUUAUAGAAUUGGUCACUCGCUCUUGAGGCCUCAUUUACCUAGGAUGGAUCGUAAUUAUCAAAAUGUAGAACCUUCUAUUUUAUUGAGAGAUGGGUUCUUUGAUCCAGAUAUGCUGUAUCAAAACGGUAUGAUGGAUGAAAUGACACGCGGAUUAGUGGCCACUCCUAUGGAGACCUUGGAUCAAUUUAUAACCGGAGAAGUAACCAAUCAUUUAUUUGAAAUUCGUGGAAUUCCGUAUUCUGGAAUCGAUCUUGUUGCGCUCAAUAUUCAGCGUGCCAGGGAUCAUGGUAUACCGUCGUACAAUAACUAUAGAGCUCUGUGUAAUCUGAAGAGAGCUACCACUUUCGAAGAUUUGUCGAGGGAAAUGGCACCAGAGGUUAUAGCUCGGAUGAAACGAAUCUACACAUCAGUAGAUGACAUCGAUUUGUUCCCUGGCGGAAUGAGCGAAAGACCUCUUCAAGGUGGACUCGUAGGACCUACGUUCGCGUGCAUAAUCGCGAUACAGUUUAGGCAGUCGAGAAAGUGCGAUCGAUUUUGGUACGAAACCGACGACCCCAACAUUCGAUUCACUGAGCAUCAACUUGCAGCAAUUCGGAAAUCUACGUUGUCUAAAGUUUUGUGCGAAAACAUGGACGAGCAUAACGAGAUGCAACGAGCGGCAUUUGAUUUGCCAAGCAAUUUCCUAAAUCCACGAGUUCCUUGCGGUUCUAUGCCACAUAUAGACUUGUCCGCUUGGAGAGAAACGAGGCACGGUUGUCAAAUCGGAGGAAGAAACGUAGCUCUUGGAGAGUCUGGCUUCCCUACACCUUGUACUAGUUGCGUUUGCACAGCUGAAGGUACUCAAUGCGCUUCUUUGAGGAUUACCGACUGUAAUCAGCUUCUACGUGAAGCUUCUCGAGAGGCGAUUUUACGCGACGACGUAUGUACGGCACAAUGCGGCUUCGUCCUAGCAGCGACGGAAGCUACCUCGAGACUUCAGCAAUUCACUACACCAACCAGCUUUUCCGGUUUCGUGCCACACAGAAACAGCCUAAGAAGCGCACCAACGCCGGUUUCGUUCAACGGUUUCAAGUUACCCGAUCUCUCGCAAUUCAUCGGUUGAACAAGAAAAUGGUCUUCAAAAAGACUUCUCGCAUAACUGGUCGCUUAUUAACUAUCACACGCAAGAGACCACUGUCUUCCUUCAAGAGACUGUACAACGACAGUGACGUUGGUUUUGUAACGAGCUGCGCUCAUCGUUAAUAAUCGAACAAUUUUCUCUGUACAGAAACGCGAAUCAAGAAUUACGCAUGUCGGCUCGUACAUUUCGAUAAAAAUCAUCCGUAAAGAGAGUGAAGAAAUAAUAUAUUAAGAUUCGCAUAUGUAUUAUAUAUACGACUGGAAACGUUUUAAACGAGACACUGUUUCAUUUUGUAAGAAAUAUCUCUUUUUUUUUUUUUUUACUUGUUAUGUUUAGUAAUAUUAUUUUGUAGAUUAUAAGAAGUAUUUAAUUUGCGCGAAAAAUCAUAUACUCAAGUAACAAAAGUGUAAAGAGGUCAGUACACGACGUGCCCUGUAUAAUAAAGCUGUCAUUGGCAGUUGGAGGAAAAAUUGUACAGUGAUCUCGUGGUACGUAAUUGCAGUGUGAAGAUAAAGAAGACUUUAAUAAAUUGUCACGGCACUUAAUGAAAUAGUGACAUUCGUUAGAUAAAAGGAGUACACAAGUGAAUAUCUUAAUGGGCGGAUGAGUGAUAUGUGUAUCAAAGGAGUUGCGCUGGUGUUUGACAUAGCGAAAUUGUUUUUAUACUUGUAUAGUAAUUAUAAUGCGAAAAUAACAAAUGCGAACACAAAAUUUAAUUCUGAAUGUCUUUCUUCUUGUCAUUACACCUCUAUCUAAUUUUGUAGUAUAAUAGUGACAUGUAUAACGUUAAUAAAUGUUAAUGUUUCUUUUUC